UUAGUACUGCUUAAACGAAACUUAUAAUUGGCGGCUGUUCUGACGUGGCAUUUCUGAUUGGAUGCUUUAACACGCCGCGCGAUGUCCCUCGCACAGAACUGAAACCCAUUCUCUCUCUGUUUCGGUAUGAACUCACAAAUUUCAUUCGACUUCCCAUUUUUAAACCCCAAAAGUUAAAGAAAUAAAGUAAUGUCAUCAAGCUCAAGCACGUUGACUAGCGACGAGAAGUUCCGGCAGUCAGAGACGGCUGUCUCCGGCGAUCUAACAUCUCCAAACAUGAAUACGGAGGCCAUCCCUUUCUCUUCUGGAAACCCUAGAAUCGAAGAGACGCGUGGAGUUAUGCAUCUCUUCUCCAAUGACACCGUAUCCGCCCUUCCCGUUGAAAGGAAACCUCUUGCAUGUGUUCUAGGGGUGCCGAACCACAUGACAUACGCUGAUUUCUGUCAGUUUUGUGCUUCAUUUAUCCAUCACAUAUCGGAGAUGAGAAUUGUCAGGAAUGAUGGAAUGGAGGAUCGUUAUAGUGUUUUGAUAAGAUUUGAUAGUCGAGACUCCACAGAUAAAUUCUAUCAACAUUUUAACAACCGACAAUUUAAUUCACUUGAGGAAGAACUUUGCCGUGUGCUUUUUACACUGGAUGUGCAGUUUACAGGCUACACCGGUUCCCUUGACCAUGUACAGUCUCCCCCAGCAAGUUCAACUGAGCAGCCUUCGUGUCCAGUUUGUCUAGAGAGAUUAGACCAGGAUGCUAGUGGGAUCCUCACAACCAUCUGUAAUCAUUCUUUCCAUUGCUCCUGCAUUUCAAAAUGGACUGAUUCUUCUUGUCCAGUAUGCCGAUAUUGCCAGCAGCAGCCUGAAAAGUCAAAAUGUUUCAUCUGUCAGACUUCAGAGAACCUUUGGAUUUGUGUCAUCUGUGGUUUUGUUGGCUGUGGGAGGUAUAAAGGGGGGCAUGCUAUAAUACAUUGGAAAGAAACACAACACUGCUAUUCUCUUGAACUGGAAACACAGCGUGUCUGGGAUUAUGCUGGUGAUAAUUAUGUUCAUCGUCUAAUUCAAUCCAAAACUGAUGGCAAGCUAGUUGAAUUGAAUUCACACUGUCUGCAUGCUAGUGAUGGCUGCGGGAGCUGUCACUGUGUAGAUUCUGGAGUUAAUGAGGCUAUGUUGACCUGUGAAGCUGAGAUUGUUAAUGAAUACAAUGAACUACUUCGCACCCAACUUGAGAACCAAAAAGUGUAUUUUGAGACUUUGCUUCAACAAGAAAAUGAAGAAACUGAGAGGGCAAUUGCUGAUGCCGUUAACAAGACUGUUAUGCAAAAGCGGCAGAAAAUGCAGGCCAAGCUGGAAAGAUGUGUGAAGGAAAAGAAAUUUCUUGAGGAUCUCAACGAGAAUCUUUUGAAAAACCAGGAGAUAUGGAAAGCAAAGCUGUUGGAAGUUGAAGAGAGGGAAAAGAAGGUUUUGAGGAUGAAGGUUGGUAAAAUUCAGGCCUUGGAGGAUCAGCUUCGAGAGUUGAUGGCACAGCUUGAAGCAGCAGGGAAGGCAGUAGAGCAAUCGUCAGUUUCUAAUGAAAAUGGACGAUAACAGUGAACAAGCAGCAGGGAUGGGUGAGCAACGAAAAAAGCUCCUUCCAGAAAAUAAUGCUUCUUGAAAUUGGUUAAAUCAUGGGGUUCCCUUUUUUUGUUCCAUCAGUAAUGACUAAAGGAAAAAGAGAAAGUAAUUAAAAGAAUAUAUGUUAUAUAACAUCUGUAGGAUGCAAAUUGAUUGUAAAAAAUCGGAUAUCUGAAUUUUUUAAUAGUUUAGAUAACUUUGGGAUUAGGAUAUUAAAUAUAUCAUGGGUUAUGAUAAAUUUUUUUUGGAUAUCUGAUAUUCAAGUCCCUUGUAAUUUCGAUCCGCAUGGUAUAACAUGUAUUAGUAUUGGUAAA